AUGGAGGUGGUGCUGCAGCCAUUGAAGCUAAAGCAACUACUCCUCUUUGCUUCUUCCAAAGCAAACAACCCUUUUCUUAUUCGUAAUAUUCGCCCAUUCUUCGUAAUUAGAUGCUGCUCUACUUCUUCUCCUUCUUCCUCUGCCGCCACCGUUGAUGGCGGCGCUCCCAGACAAUCCGGCCGCAACCGCAGGUCUUCCUCGUCCUCUACCAAUUCCACCUCCGACAGAGAGGCCGUUCGCGCUAUCCGUAUAAAAAAGGUGCAAGAGUUGAGGAGCAACGGCUUAGAUCCAUAUGCUUAUAAUUGGGAUCGCACCCAUACUGCAAAUCAGCUGCAAGAUAUUUAUAGGAAUAUAGGAAAUGGUGAAGAAUCAAACAGUGAGAGUGAUUAUGUCUCAAUUGCUGGAAGAAUUGUGGCUCGCAGGGCUUUCGGAAAGCUAGCCUUCAUAACUUUGAGGGAUGACUCUGGGACAAUUCAGCUUUACUGUGAGAAGGAAAGGCUUCUAAGUGAUCAAUUUGAGCAAUUGAAAACACUUGUUGAUAUAGGAGAUAUAUUGGGUGCAAGAGGUUCAAUCAAGCGCACAGAGAAAGGAGAAUUAUCUGUUUGUGUGAAUUCAUUUUCAAUCCUUACAAAAUCAUUGCUUCCUUUGCCGGACAAAUAUCAUGGCCUAACAGACAUAGAUAAGAGAUAUCGCCAAAGGUAUGUAGAUAUGAUUGCAAAUCCUGAGGUGGCCGACACGUUUAGAAAAAGAGCAAAGAUUAUAUCAGAGAUUCGCAAGACAGUUGAAUCUGCAGGCUUUGUUGAAGUUGAAACACCAGUUCUUCAGGGAGCAGCUGGUGGGGCUGAAGCCAGGCCAUUCAUUACAUACCAUAAUUCUCUUGGUCAAGAUCUUUAUCUGCGAAUCGCAACUGAGCUCCAUUUGAAGAGAAUGCUGGUUGGAGGCUUUGAGAAAGUAUAUGAGAUAGGCCGGAUAUUCAGAAAUGAAGGCAUUUCAACUCGUCAUAAUCCUGAAUUCACCACCAUCGAGAUGUAUGAAGCAUAUUCAGACUAUGAAAGCAUGAUGAAUAUGACAGAAGAGAUUGUAACACAAUGUGCUCUUGCAGUUAAUGGGAAACUUACCCUUGAUUAUCAGGGUGUGGAGAUCUGCUUAGAAAGACCUUGGAGGAGGGAGACAAUGCACAAGCUUGUGAAAGAAGCAACCGGGAUUGAUUUCAACAAUUUUCGAGAUGAUCUUAAUGCUGCGAAAAAAGUUGCACUGCAGACACCAGAUAUUGUUAAUGAUAAUCAAAACAAAAAUUUGAUUGAGGCUUGCACGUCUGUUGGCCAUUUGCUUAAUGAGGUGUUUGAAAUGGUUGUAGAACCAAAGCUAAUGCAGCCCACUUUUGUCUUGGACUAUCCAAUUGAAAUAUCUCCACUAGCCAAACCACACAGAAGGCAUGCAGGCUUGACAGAGAGAUUUGAACUCUUCAUAUGUGGCCGUGAGAUGGCUAAUGCUUUCUCUGAAUUGACUGAUCCUUUGGACCAGAGAGAACGGUUGGAAGAACAAGUAAGGCAGCAUAACAAGAAGAAAGCAGCAGUAGUUUCAGAGGAUGGGAAUGAGAGGGCUGAUGACUCCUACGACGUGGCUCUCGAUGAAGAUUUUUUGACAGCCCUAGAAUAUGGAAUGCCUCCCGCAUCAGGAAUGGGGCUUGGCAUUGACAGGCUAGUAAUGCUUCUGACGAAUUCGGCCAGCAUACGCGAUGUUAUUGCUUUUCCUGUCCUCAAAACUGUGCAAUAA